AUGAUAAAACUAAUGUCUGCAAAUUCUUGCAAAGAAAUGAUAGAAGCAGGCUGUCAGUUGGUUGAAAAUAUUUUCGGUCAUGAUAAAGUUUUAGAGUUUGUUAAUAAUGUAACUGAUUUUUGGUCAAUGAUAGAAGAUAUUCCAAAUAUUGAUACAACCGAUAAAGGAACUCAAUAUUCAUUAAAAUUAAAGACUAUAGCUGCUAAAACUAGUGGCAUAUUACAAAAAUUAUUUGUUACUCUAUUAAUUGUUUGCCCCCGUUCAAUGACGACAGAAAGAGUGAUUUCACAUUAUAAACAAAUAAAAACUAAUCAUAAAAUAAACUUAUUAGAAGAAACCAUUAAUUAUCGUCUGUAUGUAUCAUUGAAUGGAAUUGGAACCGCACACUAUGAUCCUCGGCCCGCUGUUAUGGAAUUUAAAAAAAAAAAAAAGAAAGACGCUAUCGUGAACCUGAUUUGUCCACUUAUCAGAAUCGUGAUUUCAUCAGUAAAUUUUUCAGAAAAAAAAACCAUUAGCUAUUAA